AUAUAAGGGGCGGGCUGGCCACACUUCCCACAGUUGGAGUCGCUCGUGCAUCGGCUGUUGAGAUAGUCAAGAUGAUUACAAUAUGGAUGUUUAUGUUGAGUGUUGGUGUAAGUUUGGGUCAAUACUUUGGCCAGGGAGGAGAAUCUUUCACUGACCAACAGAACCAACGCAUUUCUUUAACUCGACCGAAUACAGUUAUUGCUCCAAAUGCAUUUGUAAGGAACCUACAGAUUCAGAACGCCCUCCCAGUGCAGCAGGGGUUCCCAGUUCAGCCUCGGUUACAGCCUUUACCUUUUAAUCAGUUCAACAUUCCCCAAAACGUUCCAAUCCAGCCGCAAGUUUUCCAGUCACCACAAGUGGCAUUUCCUCCGUUCUCGCCACAACCACCUGUGGUGCAGUCUGCUUCUCCACUACCUACACAGUCGCCCCUGAACCUUUGUGGCCACUCCUCCGCUCUUGUACACGCCACUUACAAAAGCCGCGGGUACCACUUAUCCUGGUGCAGAACCCAAGCCACCUUCAGUUGGGAUCAAGGCAAUUCCUAUUGUUCGGGUCUUGGUAGAGACUUCAGACUUGUCUCCAUAGAAUCCAAAGAUAUUGAUGACUUUAUUACUGACAUCAUUGCUAGACAUGCAGUAAAGUUCUUCUGGACUGGCGGCAACAAACGAGGUUAUGGCGUCUGGCGGUGGCUGUCGGGAAGCUUGGUGACUUACAGCAAGUGGUCCCAUACUGGAGGGAAUGGUCAGCCACAACCAGACAACCGUGAGGGACACGAGGACUGCUUAGCAGUGAUGAACAACUUCUACAACGACGGCAUUAAGUGGCACGACAUUGCUUGCUACCACGAUAAGCCCGUCAUUUGUGAGACUUCGGUCUUGCCUUCUCCUUAUUCUAACUUUUAAUGGUAUUGACCAACAACGGCACUAGUUGUGACCGAUAAAUGUUACUCGCUGCUUCUAUUGCUCUAGCAUAAUUUGUGAAAUAAAUUGGAAUUUAUAUAAUCUACUUUGUCUCAAAUGCCAUCACCAAUUAGAGGUGGAAAGGGAGAGCUUGCACAUACACUAAUUGGUUUGUAUAAUCUCAUAAAACCGUUGGUUAUUAAUAACCAAUAUUUAUAAGAUGACAGAUUUGUAAUAACCUUAACUUUAAGUUCACCUGAAGUAUUAAUCUUUAGGACAUUUACUUUUUUUUUAUUUUCUUGGUAUGUAUGUUCAUCUAGUUGUGCUUGCAAAGAAAAGUCUUUGGCUCUUUACAUUCACAUCACCUGGUGUACAGAUUAGUGGGCUCAAUUAUACCAACACUUCCAACUGUG